AACCGGUACCAGUACCAGCAAGAGAUCUGCCCUUACAAGAUCGGCAAUCGAGCAAUUUUUCGAUUUCCCGCUGAAUGCUGAUGGGGAUUUCAGAGUGGGGACUUCAAUCACUGUAUAGUAACCUCAUCGAUCGUUGAUACUCGAACGCAUUAGGUCAACAUCGAUCAAGGAAACCAUGCUGAAAGGGUUUGUGUAUGCGCUGGUGUUAUUAUCAUCAUCGAUUCAGAGAGCGGCUGGACAAACCAAUGUGACCUCAACCUCGGGUGCGGUCGGGAAUUGUCUCUGCGAAGGUCGUGGUGAUCUGAUCGGCGAUUAUGUCAUCCAAGUAGACCGAUUGCCAAACACGUUUAGCUUUCUAGUAGACGAAGACUUACAGGGGAACCCUUCCUGUGGAAGCAUUCAAGAACGGUAUGCUACCUCUACAGAAUGCGACGAGGUGCUGUGGGCCACGGAAUUUUGCUGUACCGGUGGACCACGCCAAGACCAGUGCGCACAGCAAGUGAGAAGUCAAAUUCUUGGUGGAUACGAUAAAAUCACCAUUCCGAGCACUUCCUUAAUCACUGAUCCAGUCAAGGUUACCGUAGAGAUGACAUAUCAUACCAUUACCGACAUUAGCGAGACAAGGGGCAUCAUACAAAUCUUUGUUUCCCUCACAUUGAAAUGGAACGAUCCCCGAUUGAGUUGGGACUUUGACCCUGAUGGAGCUUGUACCAGUCUUCCAGUCAAUGUCCGUGCACAAAUGCAGCAAGGUCUCAAGGACAGUGAAAUAUGGGUUCCCGAAUUCGACCUCUACAAUCAGAUCAAGGGCGUGGCUGGUAUGACGGGACCACUGGCUGCGAUUGAACGAGACGGCACAGUUACUUGGGCCAGAAUUGGUAGUCUCCAGGCAAUCUGCCAAAUGGCGAAUUUGGGCCAAAUCCCCUAUGAUUCUCUCGAGUGUCAGCUGUUGAUGGGAUCGAGGAGUAUUGGCGUCGAUUAUGAACUUGCUCCCUCGGGGGGACUCGUGACAAGCGGCUACGAUGGGCCCUACAAUGGAUACCGGGUUGUCAAGUUGGAACCAGGUGUAUUCAUUGGUGCAAACAAUGAUACAGUCCUGUUUUACAACUUUGAGAUCAGCCGAGGCACCAGCUACUACGUGCAAAAUGUGAUUGUUCCUAUCAUUAUCUUCUCCUAUUGCAGUAUCCUUACCAUGGUCGUGGGGGUCGGUGCUUUCCAGACGCUUGCGCUCAACUUCACCCUCUUGCUUGUAUCAGUGACACAAAAAGUUGCUGUUUCCCGACUGCUACCCAUCACCAAUGAGGCGUUGUGGAUUGUUGACUUUGUUUUCGGCAGCUUCUACUUCAUUGUGAUUACGUUGAUUGAAACCUUUUUCAAGUUCAUCAUCCUGGAAAUACGAAAAACUCGCCAAGCAGCACGGGAACAGUUGUCAGAAGAAAAUCCUCAGGCAGAGGAGAGCCCGAAAUCAAUCUUGCCAGAAUUCUUUUUCACGUUCUCAAUGCGGCGCAUGGACGUGAUCUGCUGCUGGGCAAGCUUCUUGGCGUACACAAUCUAUGUCAUUGUCUUCUUCGCCGCCCGGGAUUCUUGGGGGAAUGAUGUCACAGUCGUCCAUGUGUUAAACAAUACAGAUCAGGAGCUUUAGCCUGUGCCCAAAUCAAAAUGUCUGGCAGCUUGAGUGAUCCCUGUUCAGACCGAGUGGAUUCUUGAAUGCGUGGUACCGCGAGCUGCUGCAACGGUGGAAAUGAAAAUAUGGAGGAAUCUCCCACGACAAUGGAUCUGUGUAUACGACGGAUGUACUGAGUGUUCGAUACUUUGUUUGUACUUUCAAAUGUGAAACCAGAUAUAGAGAAAGGCGUCAAUCUCUCCCCACAUCUUCACUCUCAUCGUGCAUGUCCAACAUACUUUCUUCCA